AUGUUAUCAAUAAAAUUAGUUCUUCCUCAGAUUUUGAACACUUUAUUCUCUAUUAUAUGCAUCAUUUACUUAUAACUUAGAGGUUAGAUAUUCAAUUUACUAAUUCCUUAAAUAAUAUUUUUGGCUUUUGGAAUAAUAUUUAGUCUUGCUGCAAUCAGAAAAACAGCUUAAAAUUUAUAGUGUAAAAAUAUUUUAAUAUUAACUUUUAUAGAAAUAGAUCAUUCACCAAUAUUUUUUACUAUUUUACUGCUUCUUCAAUUUGCAAGUUUAUUAUAUUUGAGUAAUGACAACUUAUCAGAAAAUCUAUUAAGUUUAUUAUUUGGAAGUAUGCUCCAACUUUAAAAAUUAAAAUCAAAUGAUAAAAAUGAGAAAAAACAAUUUCUUAAUAUUAAAAUUCUGCUUUAGGCUAUAUCCCUUGUAAUUAUUUUCAUAGUAAUUAUUUUAUUCAAAAAUAUAACCAAUCACAUAGAAUAUUUUAUAAUUGCCUCAAUUCUGAUUAUUUUAGUGUGUUUAUUUGAAUUCCUUUUAUCCAAUAACAAACUUUAACCUGUAUAAAUCGAAUAAAAUAAAAUAAUCGUUCAGAGAAGAAUUAGCACCCAAAUUUAAUCAUAAUUUCCUUAAAAUGUACAAAGCUUAUGGGAAAAAUUUAUAGAAUAGCAAUAUAUCUUUGUUUCCUAUCGAAAUAAUGAAAUUUUAAUUGAAAAAAUGAGUUAAUAUUUAAUUUAAUUUCUAAAAGAGAAAAAUUAAUCUAUUGAAGAAUAUUUGAAAAAGAUUUAAUUAUAUUCAAUUUCUUUAGAUAGUGAGCAUAUUUUAACAAAUAGUAUGUUUGUUAAUAUGUCUACGAAUCUGUAUUCAUAUAUUAGAGAUUAAAUAAUUGACGAAAAGUAAAGUGCUGUAAUGCAAAGAAGGAAAUCAUAAAGAGAUAUAAAUGAAGAUUAAUAAUUGCAAAAAUUAGUUUCUCCACAAAAUGAAUAGAGAUCACGUUUAUAAUCUAUUUAAAAAAGCGAAGCCUAUUUAUAAAAAGGAAAUACAUUAAAUUUAAAUAAUAGUUCUUUAUAGGUAAAUUUGAUAUAUAUAUUAUUUUAAGUAUAUUGAUAGAGAAUUCUUAUCUGGAUCUGUAAUGAAAAAUUUGGAUAAUUUUAUUGCUAAACCACAAGAUAAUAAUAGCUAAUUAGCAAACAAGAAAUAAAUACUAUAUGGAUUAAUUCAAAAUGAAAAAUCUAUUUAUAAGAAAAUAUAAGUUAGUUAUUGGAAUCAAGGUUUAAUAAUUUAAAUUGAAGAUGAUUCUAUAGAUAAUAUUAAAGCCUAUAUGAAUACUGUUUAGAUUGGAUACAAAUAAGAAGUCACUUCAAAGUAGAUAUAAAAAUUAUCUUAAAUGGUUAGUGAUUUGCAAUAAAAAUUUAAUAAGUUACUUAAUCAUUAAAACAAAGAAGAUAAAUUAUUUAGUUAAGCAUAAUUGUAAUUGUAUGUUUUAGAUAUAUGGAUUUAAAAUUUUAUCAUUUUUCUAUCUGAUAGUAUGGCUUUUCCAAAAUAAGAUCAAGUUAAUAUUAUCUCAUUUUUAAAAACACUUAAAACCAAAUUCAGUCAGGAUACAACUGUUAUUGAAAAAAGCAUUAACAUAGUUAUAUCAGAUGAUUUGAACAAUAAAGUCAUAACAACUGAUGUUAAAUAUUUUCGAUCAAUUAUCGUUAAUUUACUAAUCAAUAGUAUUAAAGCAUACAAAAAACCAGAUAUAACAAAUAUGGUGGAAAUACAUGUUUGUUAAUAACCAAAUGAUGAUAUCAAAUUUGAAAUUUAUGAUAAAGCUAGUGGAUUUUCUCAACCAUUAGAUUUCAAGAGUAUAUUAUUUCUAAUAUUUUGAAGGAGUAAGUGAAGGCAAAUUAGGAAUAUUUAUAGUUUAAAAAUUGUUACCAUAUUUAUCAAAAAAUCCUAAAUUAUAAUUUAAAAGUGUAAAUUAUGAAAAUAAAUAAACAGGAUCUUAAAUUAGUUUUAUUUUACCUAGAUAAAUUAAUCCUAUUAACAAUUCAUUACAAAACUCUUCAAACAAUUUACUUUAAUAAGAAAGUUUUAAAAUGGCUUAAAUAAUAUAAUCUUAACUAUUAACUUAAUAAUAAGAUUUUAUUUGA